AUGGACGACGACGCGCGCGCGACCGCGCGCGAGGGUUUCCUCACCGCGCUCGCGUCGGACGCGGCGGCGACGAGCGAUGCGAGCGAGGCGCGCGCGGUGGCGGCGUUCGCGCGAACCGCCGCGCGGUCGUCGCGCGCGCUCGAGGCGCUGGCGCUCGCGCGCGUGUCGCUCGCGCUCGAGGCGAAGAAGCGCGAGCGCGACGCGCGCGCGGAGGCGUGCGCGAGGCGCGAGCGCGCGACGAACGAGGCGCAGCGGCGCGCGCGCGCGGACGUCGGGCGGUUCGAGGCGUUCGUGCGGGAGAACGAGGUGAAGCGACAGUCGGCGCUGCGACGGGCGAAAGAGGAGCGGGAGGCGAACGAGGCGCGGGACGCGCGAUUGACGGAGAUGCGAUGGAGCCUGCGCGAGCGCGCGAGCGCGGGGGCGAGCGUGGAGGAGGAGUUGGGUCGGGUGCGGGUGUUUGAAUGGUUUCUGGCGCGCGUCGCCGAGGAAGCGGCGCGGGGAAACGCGUUCGAGGACAUCGCCGAUGUGCUCGGACGGCACGAUACGCUGCAGCGGACGUACGAAAGCUUGCGCGCGAGCGUGGUGGAGUCGAACGAGCGCGUGGAGGCGACGCGCGCGGCGCACGAGCGCGCGGUGAAACACAUGGAGGAGGAACGGUUGGCGGCGACGGCGUCCGUCGCUCGGCUGCGACAACAGGAUGAAGACUUGAAGCGCGAAAACGGGCGAUUGCAACAGGAGGCGGCGUACAGGGCGCGGGCGAUGGUGGAAAAAGUGCGCGGUCUCGCCGAGGCGAAGAUGGCGGUGCGAAACCUGGCGUGUCGGUGCUCACGCGAUAAUCGCGCCUACGGCGGCGACGCGAGCCUCUCGCGCGAGUUAGACUUCGUCGAAGAGCGCGCGCGCGUGCUCCGAGAGAUCGCCCACGCGGCGACGAGUGAUGUGGCUUAG